AUGGAUUUAAAACAGCCCGAAGCGAUGACCAAAGAGCAGUCACAAAAUACUAGAGCAGCUGAACAGCAGUCAAUGUCACAGACCUCUAGUUCAUCGGUUUACUCAUCAGCAGACAGCACGCCGACGAGCAAUGACCAGAGCAAUGACGGCGAUGAACUGAUCACCACAGUGACCACUUCUUCGGAAGAGGCUGAAACCGAGGAGGAGACGCCCACUCUUCGACAAACGUCCGAAGAAGAUGAGGAAACUGCCACCUCAGAGAAACCCUCUGAAACGACAGAUGAACCUUCUUCACCAGCACCGGCACCUCUUCCAGCGGCAGUGACCGCCGCCAAGGCCUACUACGAGGACCUGGUAAAGGACUGCAAGGUGCGAAUGGCCAACAAGUUUGACGCCCUCGAGGCGGAGACCGGCCUGCGCCUGACCGAGGACGGCGGACUGUGCAUGGUCGAGCAGGCAGCACCGGUGCCACCACCGAGGGAGGCACCAAAGAGCACCAAUCCAUUCCUCAACUCUUCCUCAACUUCAACUUCGCACUCAUCCUCGAACGGUUCUGUCGUGCAACAACAGCAGCAAACUAAUGACCAAAACUCGACCACCCUUCGAGGCCUCGACUACGUUCGCAUGGAGAAGGAGCUGCGGCGGCUGAAGGAGGAGCUGGCGCUGAAGAACGACAUCGUCGAGAAGAUGUGUCGCAUUCGGACGCAGGUGGAGGCAGAGCUGGAGGACCUGACGGCGAGUCUCUUCGAGGAGGCAAACAAAAUGGUCUACCAGGCAAAUGUGCUGCGCGACCGCACUGAGAAGGACCUCGUCGAGGCGACGCUCAAGAUUGACAUGCUCACGGCAGAAGUGGACGCCCUCAAACUGCUAGUAAUAACAUCUACGCCCUCUCGCCCCAACCCGCAUCUGCACCCGCAGAUUGGCGGCUCGCCGAAGCGGUCUUCUGCUCGUGGUAAAUCGUCCCAAACGGGUGACCAUCAAAACAACAACAACGGCAACGGCAAACAACAGCAGCAGGCGAAACAGGCGGUGAAAAAGUCGCCGAGCAACUACGAGCUAGGCAGCAGCAGCGGCAGCAGCAGCAGAGGAGGAGAGCUUCCCGGUUCUAAAAGCCACAACCAGGAGAAGGACGACCUGCUUCAGAUCUUCGAGGACGGCUCGGAAAUUGGCGAGUUUGACCCGCUGUACUACGAGGAGUUCAUCGAGUGGCGGAAGGCGCCCACGCUGGAACCGAUGAAGUCGGACUUUAUGAAGCGCAUCUACGACGAGGAGAUCUACCCGGUGUUCAACUUCAAGAACAAGGACCUGACGGCGGCGGUGCUGCGCUGCAUCGAAAAUAACUGCCUCAUCGUGGAGAGCGUCGGCGGUGGAAGUUCCACCACAAACGCCGACACCUCCCACUUUCCGAAGAGGUGCGCCCUGCUGGAGGUGCCGCGCACCUGCAGCCACCGAAUGAAGCUGCAGACGGAGGACAAGCGGUGGUACGCCAUCUCCGCCCUCUGUCGCAAUCGCAUCGCCGCCGUCUGCGACCUCUUCUGCUACCUGGGCUACAUCAAGAGUGGCCUGGCUUGUCUGAUUUUCAUUGCUGAUGGCACCGUUGCGGACACGCUCGAGGCCAUAUUGACCAUUGGCGCUGUCGUGGGCGGCAGUUUGGCUGUUUUGGUGGGACUUGAUGAGGAGGAAAAAGGGGGAACCGGCAAGAAACCAGGUUCAAAAGGUGAAAGAAAAAUCAAAAUACUUUUAAAAUGA